ACAUAAAUACAGAAAGAGCAUUCUAAAACUCUUCGCGCCCUACAAUACAAUUGAAUGGCGUCUGUGAACUCUGCAAGAAAGUAUGAUACUAAAAGAAGUGAUAAAGUGAUAGUGGUGGUGGUGCCCUUCGUGGCGCAGGGCCACCUGAAUUUGCUGGUCCAUUUGUCUCGCCUCAUCGCGUCUUACAACUUACCCGUCUACUUCGUGGGUUUAAGCGUCGACAUCGCCGCCGUUAAGCCAAGAAUCGAAGGGUGGAGCCCUUCCGACUAUCCCACGCUGCGUUUCCAUGAGUUCCCCGCCCCUCCGGCGUACCUCUCCAACACUAACCCCACUAUGGAAUGCCAAUCCUACCUGGAGUUCUUAGCGUCAGCCAUGAACGCCGCCGCGUACUUGCGCAGCCCCAUCGGAAGCCUCCUCAAGGAGCUAUCGCCCAAGUGCGAGAGGCUGGUGGUCGUUCACGACGCCCUGAUGGUUAACACGGUUAAGGACGCGGUGGUGCAAAACCUCGAGACCUACAACUUCUUUGUCGGGUCGGCUUUCCACGACGCCUCGCUCGUGUGGGAGGUCUUGCGUAAAAUCCUCCACGUCCCGUCGUUUCUCUGGAAGUUGGUCGGGAGAUUUGUUCUCCCGGCGGGGGCCGUAGUCCCGGACCGGCUUCCAAUUCCGUCAAGUUGUUACCCGCCGGAGUUCUUCAAGUUCAUCGUGGAUCAACGCAAGACCAACGCCUUCUGCAAGGGCAAUCUUUUUGACGCGUGUAGAGCGAUAGAGGGUCCAUAUCUAGACCUGCUCGCCAUGGUCUAUAAGCUAGCGAGAAAAGGGCCGGUUUGGGGGAUUGGUCCGUUCAACCCAGUGGUAACUAAACGAAACACAAAAACCGACCAAGAUUCUUCAUCAAAAACCCCACGCCACAAAUGCCUCGAAUGGCUCGACAAACAGCCUCCCAAAUCCGUCAUCUUCGUCUCGUUCGGCACGCAGACAGUUCUCUCCGACCACCAACUCCAUGAGCUAGCGGAAGGCCUAGAACAAAGUGGCCAAAACUUCAUUUGGGUGGUGAAAGAUCUGACCAAAGGAUACAAAAACACCAAGAUAAAUCUGCCGGCAGGGUUUGAAGAGAGAGUUGAAGGGCGUGGGCUUAUCCUCCGAGAUUGGGUACCCCAAUUAGAGAUACUAGACCACGUUUCCACGGGCGGGUUCCUAACUCAUUGCGGGUGGAAUUCCUGCAUGGAGAGCAUGUGCCGGGGAGUCCCCCUAGCCACAUGGCCUAUCCAAUAUGACCAGCCUAGGAACGCCAUUCUCAUCACAGAAGUCCUUAAAACUGGGAUACCCAUCAAGGAUUGGGAAAGUAGGGAUGAAAUAACAACGUCCACCACAAUCCGAAACGCCAUAAGGAGAUUGAUGGCGUCACCGGAAGGUGAGGAGCUGAGGAAUAAGGCGGCAGAGGCGGGGAGAGCCGUGAAGGAGUCUGUGAUGGAAGGUGGCAUUUCUCGCCUGGAGAUGGAUAAUUUCAUUGCCCAUAUUACUAGAUAAAAUAAUUAAUUUACUUCAAUUGUUUGCAUUGGUUAUAUAUAGUCAGUAAGAAUAAAUAAAAAUAGGAUGGUGUAUGUGCAUGCAUGCAAUGCCGGCCUAGACAUCUGUGUGUAGCAUAAAGCUAAGACACAUUCAUCCCCACUCAAAGAUUUACCUCUAUGUAUUUUUGUUCAUCAAUAUAAUAUUAUUGUACUGUGUUUACUAAUU